AAUGAGAUGACGGAGUGACCUAACCGGACAAACUAACCUCUGUGAUUUACAACAACAAAUUGAGGUUGUGUUAACUGUCACUGUCGGUGGAAUAUAUAUAUAAACAAUUUUCAAAUAAUAAUAUUCACUACUGUUCGCUUUCUUGAUCAUUACUGAAAAUGUUAACUAAAAGUGAAGAGUGCGUGUUCCAGCUGUUAAACCAAAAGCAGAGUGUUUGCAGAAUUUGCUUUCAUCAACUGGAAGAGGCAACAAAUAAGGACCAGGAGUUCUUUAAAAUGUUGCAGUUUUCAUGUCCAGAUCUGCUGUUGUGUGAAGACCCCCGGCUUCCCCACCAUCUGUGCCAAAGUUGCUUCGUUCUUUUACAGAAGUGCUAUAAGUUUUUGAUUAAUGUUCAUUCAUCGCACACUCUGUUAAAUAAGUAUUUAGAAACUCUAGGCCCUCAGAGAGAUCAACUCUCAGUUGAGAAAUUACAUUUGUUUUAUGAAGUUAAGCCGGAAACUCUUAAACAAGCCAGUAGUGCUUCUGAUAAUGCUCAUUUUAAAAGGGGUGCAACAAACUUCCACGCUUGUCAAAGUUGUAUGAAAAAGUAUCGCUCAAAGUAUGAACUGGAGGUGCAUCAAAGAGUUCAUUCGGGUGAAAAGCCUUUUGCCUGUAGUGUGUGCCAGAAAUCCUUUACUGAUAACAGAAACUUAAAAAGACACUUGAAAAUUCACUCUGAGGACAAAAAGCACGAAUGCCCAACUUGCCAGAAGAAGUUCUUGCACUUGUUCAGCCUAAAAACUCAUCAGAGGAUCCAUACAGGCGAGAAGCACUAUGUUUGCGAAAUGUGCGGCAAGCCCUUUAACACUUCAGGAGAAUUGACUAUACAUUCCCGCAUUCACACCAGAUUGAAGCCCUAUGCUUGCACCAUCUGCUCAAAGGCAUUUUCCAGCAAGUCCACUUUGAACACCCACAUGUCUGUUCACACAGGCGACAGAAAGCACUCGUGUGUGAUUUGCAGCCGCAAAUUUCGCACAUCGUAUGACUUGAAAGUGCACAUGAGAUGCCACGACAAUGAAAAGCCCUACUUCUGCAAGUACGCCAACUGCGACAAAACCUACAGGAGCAACAGCCAGUUGAAUGUACAUUUAAGAACCCAUACAGGGGAAAAACGACAUCAAUGUGGGGUGUGCCUGAAAAAGUUUGGAGAGUCCAGUACGUUGAAAAGGCAUUUUUUAACUCAUGGAGGGACCAGCUGAAUUUCUGGGGAAUCUGCGAAAAGAUCCAAGGACCUCUGCAAUUCCAUGGUUUAGUGGAAAUAAUACAACCAGCAGCUUAUUUAAUUCUUUGUGCUUACAUAACUAUUCUUACAACUAGUUCAUCAACAUCAACAAUUUGAGUAGUAUUUCUGU